AUGGCCGUCGACCAGAGGCAAGCUGCCUGGGACUUCGUGGACCGCAGGUUCAAGCCUGAGGGGCUCUUCGGCGCCGUUGGUGCUGAUGUGGUCCGACGUGGAGCUGCCCGAGCCAGUGUCCACGAAUUUGGAUACAGCUUGUGCUUGCAGGCAUCAUUGCUAGGAUGUGUGAAUGGUGCGUCGAUAGCAGCAUGGCCUGGGAAACCUAGCCCCCUGAGUCUUGUGGUCAUGGUGGCAAACCCGCAGCAGACUCGGAAGAGUCAAACAAGCAAUGUGAUGAAUGAGAUCGGUAAGGCUGUUGAUGCUGUGUGCCGGGAGCGUGCUUCUCAGCUGGGCUUGUCUACAGGGCUUGAGUCGCUUCUGAUGACCAGCUUUACGGAGGCUGCCUUUUUCCAACGCACUUCGGCUGGAUGGGCUCAGCAUGUUUCUGGUGAGCGUUUGCACUUCAGCUCCAUGUUGGCCGUGGAUGAGUCAUACCGACUGCUUCGCAUGCUAGGACUUGUGGGAGAGCAUGGUAAGAAAGAGAAAGAUAGCAGCCCUUGCGAUGGAGCUUCGCAGUGGAACACUCUCUUGCAGACGGGGCACAGCAAUCUAGCCUGCAAGACCGGUGUGUCUUAUCAGGCACACCGGGCUGUCAAUGUGGCUGCCGUUGGCAAUUUGCAUUUGGGGCCAUUGAUGGCCAUGCUCCGAGGAGAGAUUGGACAGCACGAAGCAGCAUCCCUUGAACGCUUCUUGAUUUGCAGUGCCCAACCCGUGGCUCCACAUUCGUGUUUGACUGAAGAGACAGCACGGGAAUCUUUCGAAGAGGAUGCUGAUGGUGCUUUCAUCAUCACCUUGUCAGAUGGCACGCAGACUCGGCAACUGCUCCAGGAUCUCGCUGAGCUUCCUGCACAGCAACCCGAGGAAACCAAGGUUGUUGUGGACACAGUGGUGGUAAAAGAUGUGACUCCGUCGCUUCAUGGAGCCCCAACCUCCCACGGAAUGACUUCACCGCCCAGGGGCUUCGCGGGUGUUUGCUACGGUGGCAUGAAAGAGCUGAGGAACAAAAUGUUGACAUCAGUGAAAUCCACAAGUUCAGACUGCAAUGCUCUAACUGUGUCGAAAGUUACUUCGGCACUGAUGUCCCAGGGAGCACCUCUCUUGCUAGUGUUCCUUGGCGCGCUUUGCGCGUUGAUCAAGCUGACCUUUAACACCAGCAACCACAUCCUCCUGCAAGGCACAUGGCUUGGCUCUGUCAAUACUUUUCUGUGUGACUUAGGUUUGAUAGGACCCGAGGUUUUGACAUUGAACCAUGUGCAUGGUGUGGCACGGCUGCAAUUCCUUCUUGGGAGCAUUUGGCUUGGUUCUGCAAAGGGUUUGAACAAUCGAGAUGUGCGGUCCCAUCUGAUCGCUUGCAAUUUGUCCUUGGAUGGCCCAUUGGCAGCUGUCGAUGUUACGAUGCUGCGGUGCUGGCUCACUUAUCUGAAGUCCGACCUGCUAUUUUGGAUCGGCGUUACCGGGCUUCCGGUGCUUGAGGUUGACUUCGUGUUGGCAGCGUCCUUUUGGGCCUGUUGCAUGUGCAAUUUCAACCAUCCAUGGUAUCGACCAGUCAUUGAGGGAGCCUUUGCAGCGAUUCGCAACGACGGUCACGUCGUUACCUGGGGCAGCCCCGGCUGCGGCGGCGACAGCGGCUCGGUCAGCGCCCGGCUGCGCUCGGUCUGCGCCGUCCGCGCCAGCUGCGGCGCCUUCGCGGCGCUACGAACGGACGGCAGUGUGGUUUGCUGGGGAAGCGACUUGGAGGCCACCAACGUGCAGGACCUGAAGGAGCUGCGAUCUGUGAAGUGUCUCUACUCCAACCUUCGUUCCUUUGCCGCGCUUCGCCACGAUGGCCGCGUUGUGACCUGGGGCUGCGACAUCGCUGGGGGCAACAGUGAUGAUGUGCAAGAUGAAUUGUGCGAUGUUUGUGACAUCGCAGCUGUGGAUUUGGCAUUUGCAGCCAUCAGAAGCGACGGCUCGGUGGUGACCUGGGGCAACCCGAAACUUGGAAGUAACAUCAGUGCGGUGAAGUCACAACUCUUUGACGUGCAGCAGAUCUGUGGCACCGCCAGCAGUUUCGCUGCACUGCGGAGCGAUGGGCGGGUGGUGACCUGGGGACAAGCCGGAGCUGGAGGAGAAAGCAGCCAGGUGCAGGACCAGCUCUACGACGUGCGUCAGGUGGUGGCCGCGGAGAGCGCCUUCUGCGCGCUGCGCUGGGACGGCCGUGUAGUCACCUGGGGCCGCGCGGACAUCGGCGGGGAUAGCGGCGCGGUGCAGAGCCAGCUGAGAGACGUGGUGUCAAUCUGCAGCUCGCGCCACGCGUUUUCAGCGUUGCGGGCGGAUGGUCAAGUGAUUUCGUGGGGCCGGGCAGAUCACGGGGGUGAGAUUCCCGCCUCAAUGGCCUCCAUGGACGUUUCUGCCAUUGGCUGAACCAAAUCGAGGCGGUGAGAUUUAUUUAUGCUUCCAAGAUCUUCCAAGCCCAGGAUUCCAGUGGAAGAUUG